CCCUCGCCGUCGAGCGAGACAGAGAGCGCAAUGGCUACGGCGACGGGGACGAAGCUGGUGGCGAAGCGGUCGAGCAAGUACUUGGAGGAGCCGCUCUACAAGCGGCUCUUCCGGGAGGGCACCAAACCGCAGAGCGUUCGGCAGCAGCUCGAGUUGUUCCUCAAGAGCCGCAAGCGCGUCUAUAAAUGGGAGGUCGACGUCUCCAUCCGCAGGCUCCGCGGUCAGAAGAGGUUCCACCCCGCCCUCAAGCUGUCCGAGGUCAUGGCUAAAAGAGGCAUGAACUUGACACUGAGUGAUCAAGCAGUCCGUCUGGAUCUAGUUGCCAAAUCCCGAGGCAUUGCUUCGGCCGAGGAGUACUUCAUCAAUCUACCAGAGUCUGCUAAAAAUCACCUUACAUAUGGUGCACUCCUCAACUGCUAUUGCAAAGAACUACUGACGGAAAAGGCAGAGGGCCUCAUGGAGAAAAUGAAGGAAUUGAAGUUUGCGUCAAGCCCGAUGGCCUACAACAGCUUGAUGACCCUAUAUGCUAAAACCAAUCAACCAGGAAAAGUUCCUGGCAUAAUUCAAGAGAUGAAAGCUGAUGAUGUCAUGCCAGAUUGCUUUACUUUCAAUGUCUGGAUGAGAUCUCUUGCUGCGAUGAAUGACAUAUCUGGGGUUGAGAGGGUCAUGGAAGAGAUGAAAAGAGAUGGGAGAGUUGCUGCUGAUUGGACAACUUACAGUAAUCUUGCAUCCAUUUAUGUAGAUGCUGGCAUGUUUCAGAAAGCAGAAGGAGCUCUGAAGGAAUUAGAAAAGAGGAACCUAGGUCAAGAUGUUGUAGCUUAUCAGUUUCUCAUCACUUUGUAUGGUCGAACAGGGAACCUGGUUGAAGUGCACCGGAUAUGGAGAUCUCUAAAGCUGGUACGUCCAAAGAUGGCAAAUGUGAGCUAUUUGAAUAUGAUUCAGGUGCUGGUGAAUUUGAAGGAUUUGCCAGGCGCUGAGGCAUGUUUUAAGGAAUGGGAAUCCAACUUCUCAGUAUAUGAUAUCCGAGUGGCUAAUGCAAUGAUUAAAGCUUAUGCUAAUGAAGGAAUGCUAGAUAAAGCCCAAGCUGUUAAGAAACAUGCGAAAAUGCUUGGUGGAAGACUCAAUGCCAAAACAUGGGAGAUAUUUAUGGAUUAUUAUAUGAAUAAAGGGGAUCUGAAAAUGGCACAUUGGUGUGCCGAUCGUGCAAUUAAGAAGGGGAAAAGCCUUGGUAGAUUUUGGGUCCCACCCCAUGAGACCAUAAUUACUUUAAUUGCAUACUUCGAGCAAAAGAAGGAUGUUGCAGGUGCUGAGAAAUUCAUCGAGCUUCUGCAGACGGUGGAGAAAGACCUCGGGGCUGAGGUGUUUGAGGCACUUAUAAGGACAUACGCAGCUGCUGGGAAGAGGAGCCCUGGUAUGCGUCAUCGCUUGAAGAUGGAGCAUGUGGUUGUUGGUGAAGACACCGAACAAUUGCUCGAGUCGAUCUGUGUGGAAUAAGAAUCAUCACUCGAUUCUGUAUGUUUCCAACUUACUGUUCAUCUCAUUUUUAUCAGAAGCUUCAUUCAGGAGGAUCUGCUUACUUGGCAAAUGCCAUCACUUCCUUUCUCAUUCCUUUUGACAAGUAAUGUAGCUUAAGAAUUACUUACUGUCGGAUAAAGCCGGUUAUGGUUAUGCUAUCAGUAGAAGAUUAUCUGGCCUGAAUCCUGUGCCGUCAUGACAUUAUUUAUGCUUUCUCCUAAAGGUUGAUUUCUUUUGGUUCAGCAUGAAGAAUAAAUGUCAUCUUUUAGUAAUAUUUCACA